AUGGGUAUUUCUCGUGAUUCUCGUCACAAAAGAUCCGCUACCGGUGCCAAGCGUGCUCAAUUCAGAAAGAAGAGAAAGUUCGAAUUAGGCCGUCAACCAGCCAACACCAAGAUCGGUGCUAAGAGAAUUCACUCUGUUAGAACUAGAGGUGGUAACAAGAAAUACAGAGCUCUAAGAAUUGAAACCGGUAACUUUUCUUGGGCUUCUGAAGGUAUCUCUAAGAAGACCAGAAUCGCUGGUGUUGUUUACCAUCCAUCCAACAAUGAAUUGGUCAGAACUAACACUUUAACCAAGGCUGCCAUCGUCCAAAUUGAUGCUACUCCAUUCAAACAAUGGUUCGAAGCUCAUUACGGUCAAAGUCUGGGUAAGAAGAAGAGUGCCAAGGAAGAGGAAGCCGUUAGCAAGAGUAAGAACGCUGAAAGAAAGUGGGCUGCUAGAGCUGCUUCUGCCAAGAUCGAGUCGUCUGUUGAAUCUCAAUUCAGCGCCGGUAGAUUAUACGCUUGUAUCUCUUCCAGACCAGGUCAAUCCGGUAGAUGUGAUGGUUACAUUUUGGAAGGUGAAGAAUUAGCUUUCUACCUAAGAAGAUUAACUGCUAAGAAAUAG